GACAAGCAAACAACUCAAAGGGUCAUUUGAAGGUUCAGAGUUGAGACAUAUGAUAUGGGUGUUCUAAAAAGCAUGUUGGGACUUGAUCAACUUGUUGUUUUGUGUCUUUUGAUCCUUACAGGUUGCCAGAGUUCUCAGGGGCAUUUCAACAAACAUGUUGCGCUCUUCGUUUUCGGUGAUUCGUUUUUCGAUUCCGGAAACAACAACUACAUAAAAACUACUCCGGACUUUCAAGCCAAUUUUUGGCCCUAUGGCGAAUCAUACUUCAAUCACCCAACUGGAAGAUUCUCCAAUGGCCGUCUCCUCCCUGAUUUCAUCGCUGAGUUUGCUGGAUUGCCUUUCAUCCCUGCAUAUCUCGACCCCCAUUACCAUAAUAGUGGAUUUUUGUAUGGAGCAAACUUUGCAUCAGGGGGAUCUGGUGCAUUAGUUGAAACCGAUGCAGGACUCGUAGUUGACCUCAAAACACAGCUACAGUAUUUCUCCGAUUUAGAGAAACAAUAUAGGCAGAAUUUAGGUGAUGCGAAAGCCAAUCAGCUGUUGUCCGAUGCUGUCUACUUGUUUAGCUGCGGAUGCAACGACUAUUCAGUCCUCUUGAGCAACAAUGAGAGUAGUCUUCUUUAUGAGCAGUACGUUGAAAUGGUGAUCGGAAACCUUACUGAUGUCUUCAAGGAAAUCCAUGCAAAGGGCGGAAGAAAAAUUGGAAUCGGUACAGUCCCAGCAAUAGGCUGUUGGCCUAACACUCGUGCAGAAAGGCCAGACAAUACGUGCAACGAAGAGCUUAACAUCAUAGCAAGUCAACACAAUCAUGCACUUUUACAUAAAUUGCAAGAUCUAGGGCAACAAUUGGAAGGAUUCAUGUUUGCAAACUAUGAUAUCUCAACUGCCAUUAACAAACGGAUGAAAAACCCAUCAAAAUAUGGUUUUAAGGUUGGAGAUAGUGCAUGUUGUGGUAGUGGUCCUUUACGAGGGUUUUUUAGUUGUGGAGGAAAGAGAGGAAUACGAGAGUUUGAAUUAUGUGAUAAUCCUGAUGAUUAUCUCUUCUUCGACUCAUUACAUCCUAGUGAAGCCGCAGUUCGCCAGUUUGCAGAGUUGUUUUGGAAUGGAGAUUCCAAAUUCACAUCUCCCUACAAUUUUAAAACCUUGUUUCAAGGUGUAGGACCUCAAAUAGGAGACAUCCAGUCUACAAGCUCAGUUGAUGUGAAAGUUGGCAGGAUCGAGACUGGCUCAGGUGUGGACGCUGAUGGAGCUGUGAUUUAAACACAUGUAGGUUACGGUGGAGAUAUUUUGGAACAAAAAUAUAGAUAACAACAUUGGCAUCCAAGCCUAUGAGUUUAUAGUUAUGAGCUGUUCAAUAAAAUGAAAGAAAGGAAAUUAUUAUA